CAAGAUUCCCUGGAGUGGCUGCAAGUGUUUCUGAAGAGGAGACCUUCCACAGCUGGGCUAUCUGUGACUGAGGUGGCGGUCUGCUGCAGUGAGUGUGGGGUCCUCGGGUGUCUGCCUUACCUGGCUGUUUUCUCAGUGCUAAAGCGUGGAGAGUAAGGAUGUCAAUGAACAAGGGCCCAACCCUGCUGGAUGGAGACCUCCCUGAGCAGGAGAAUGUGCUCCAGAGAGUCCUGCAGCUGCCUGUGGUGAGCGGGACCUGCGAGUGCUUCCAGAAGACCUACAACAGCACCAAAGAAGCCCACCCCCUGGUGGCCUCUGUGUGCAAUGCCUAUGAGAAGGGCGUGCAGGGUGCCAGCAACCUGGCUGCCUGGAGCAUGGAGCCGGUGGUCCGCCGGCUGUCCACCCAGUUCACAGCUGCCAAUGAGUUGGCCUGCAGAGGCUUGGACCACCUAGAGGAAAAGAUCCCGGCUCUUCAAUACCCUCCAGAAAAGAUCGCCUCUGAACUGAAGGGCACCAUCUCUACCCGCCUCCGAAGCGCCAGGAACAGCAUCAGUGUGCCCAUUGCAAGCACCUCUGACAAGGUUCUGGGGGCCACUCUGGCCGGCUGCGAGCUCGCCUUGGGGAUGGCCAAAGAGACAGCGGAAUAUGCCGCCAACACCCGGGUUGGCCGACUGGCCUCUGGAGGGGCUGAUCUGGCUCUGGGAAGCAUCGAGAAGGUGGUAGAGUUCCUCCUGCCACCAGACAAGGCGGAGUCAGCCCCUUCUUCCGGACGGCAGAGGACCCAGAAGGCUCCCAAGGCCAAACCAAGCCUCAUGAGGAGGGUCAGCACCCUGGCCAACACUCUUUCUCGACACACCAUGCAGACUACAGCACGGGCUCUGAAGCAGGGACACUCUCUGGCCAUGUGGAUCCCGGGUGUGGCACCCCUGAGCAGCCUGGCCCAGUGGGGCGCAUCAGCAGCCAUGCAGGUGGUGUCCCGGCGGCAGAGUGAGGUGCGGGUGCCCUGGCUACACAACCUGGCAGCCUCUCAGGAUGAGAGCCAUGACGACCAGACGGACACGGAGGGAGAGGAGACAGACGAGGACGAGGAGGAAGAGGAGUCUGAGCCCGAGGAGAGUGUGCUCAGAGAGGUAACAGCCCUGCCCAACCCGAGAGGCCUCCUGGGUGGUGUGGUACACACCAUGCAGAAGACUCUCCGGAACACCAUCUCCGCAGUAACCUGGGCACCUGCGGCUGUGCUGGGCACGGUGGGAAGGAUCCUGCACCUCACACCAGCCCAGGCUGUCUCCUCCACCAAAGGGAGGGCCAUGUCCCUGUCCGAUGCCCUGAAGGGUGUUACCGAUAACGUGGUAGACACUGUGGUACACUAUGUGCCGCUUCCCAGGCUGUCCCUGAUGGAGCCCGAGAGUGAAUUCCGAGACAUCGAUAACCCUCCAGCAGAGGCCGAGCGCAAAGGGUCCGGGGCGCGGCCGGCCAGCCCGGAGUCCACGCCGCGCCCGGGCCAGCCCCGUGGCAGCUUGCGCAGCGUGCGAGGUCUCAGCGCGCCCUCCUGCCCCGGCCUGGACGACAAAACCGAGACGUCAGCGCGUCCCGGCUUCCUGGCUAUGCCCAGGGAGAAGCCUGCGCGCAGAGUCAGCGACAGCUUCUUCCGGCCCAGCGUCAUGGAGCCCAUCCUGGGCCGCGCGCAGUACAGCCAGCUGCGCAAGAAGAGCUGAGCCCCUGCUCGCCCUGGAGCCUCCCCACGGGAAGGUCGCUUCUCUCCAAGGGGCUCUCCAUUAGGGUGGCCCGAGCCACAACCCCACGAUGCUCUCGAGGCACACAUCAUGUCCUAAGCAUCCUUUGGGGGCUUGACCAUCAGAGCCAGUUUUUAAGGGUUACCAGAGCAGCGGUCGACUCUCUCCUUUCUCGUGGGCAGAUUCUCUCAUGGCU